GCCAAAUGUUUCUGUGAGAUGGUUUAUGGAAAAAUCUCAGUGUUUACACAGACAAACGACACCGAUGGGCUGAACCAUCCCGGAGGAUUUCAGAGUGUGACAUCAUAAAGGUCACCACACAAUAAUAGUCCUGUCCAUAAAUGGUAAGGCUUUUCUGAUUAGUAGUAAUAAAACUGGGAGUUGGCUUGAAAUACAAUCACUGCCAAGCACUAUAAAAAUUGUGAAGUCUGUAGUUUAAAGACAAUCAGUUCUGUUUGGACACAGGUUGACAUUGUAAACAUUGGUGAGGGGAGUUUUGUGAUAUUAAAGAUACUUGGACAUAACGUUUUCCACUCUUGCUUAACACUUGGACUACUAUGGCUCCAUUGUUUAUAUGGCUGUUACAACAUUUCUCGUCAUUAUAUUUUCGGUUUGAUAUGGGGUCGCCAGAUAUCAUCAACAUUUGAGUUGCAAUUGUUAACAAAGGACAUCUGUCAAUACAUGUACCAAUUGGGAGAGGAUAAUUAAAGUGGAUAAUGUUCAUUGUCCAUUACCCAAAUCCUCUAAAGGCAAGUUAGUCAGCUAACUUGGCCAACAUGGUAAUGCUUCUUGGCAGCUAAUUGUACAGUAGUCAUCUUCUUCAAUGGUGAAAGCACAAUAUCUCAGAAUAUUUGUCAGAAUUACAUUAAAAUAAGACGACAAAAUCAUAAUCACUGUAUAAAUACUGCAAUCUCAGGCACUCGUAUCCAGGAGGGAUUAGACUUCUUAGAGGAUGUUUGAAUCAUUUGUUUUCGUAAUUGUUAGUUUUGUGAGAAAAAUACAGGCUUGUAUAAUUCAAAGUAUGUCGCAGAAACACAAAAAUACCUACUCCCAGCUGAAUAGGUCUUAAGUCGCCUUUUAGCAUUACAAUACAUCUCUGAAUCUUUUGUGGAUCGUGUGCAUAUGUCUAUGUGUGUGGGGCAUGCUGCUUUAUUGGCAGGAUGUUGGAAAGCUGCUGCCAUCAUAAUUCUUUCACAUAUGCAUAUCUGCACAUGUGAGAAAGGAAGUGACAUAUGCCGAGAAUGCGCUGUGUUCUAGAUUAAAGAUUGAUCGUAAGUGUGAUGGUUUUGAUUAAACUUCAGGGUCAGCCAACACAAUACAGUUCUGAUGCCCUUAGAGGUUAAAACUAUAUAUAUAUCAAUGUGCAUGCUGUUUCACAGCAUAUACAUAAAAUAGCAGGUGUUGCAACUUGAAAAGUCUUAGCAAUUUUAAAACAAUAUCAAUUUAGUUAAGACAAAAUAUUAAUGCUAUAUCACAGCUAGUGCAGUAUUUUGUAUAUCAUGUAUUAUGCAAUAUUAAAUACUAUCCUGCUUUAACAAUGUUUAGAUAUUGUAAACUGGGCAAACAACAUCAUCAACAACAAAAGGCUAGGUUUUAAUGUGUACAUGCAUAAUGUUAAUAAUCACUAGAUUACUAAUGAACAAAUUAUUAGAUUAUGAGAUUAGUAUUAUUGCAAUGUUGAGUAUUAUGUGCUGUCUGUUCUGAUAGGAGGCUGCUACACUCCUCUGUUGAGAGUCAUCACAGAGUAUCGCCCCUCUCAUACUUCUAUAAAGGGAGGUGGUCCGCUAGUCUCUCCUGAUUCUUUUCUCUCACACACUCUUUGACACAUUGAACAGACCUGCUCACCAUACAGGACAGGAUGUGGCUUGCUGUGUUUUAUAUAUGGGGAAGCCUGUUAGCAUUUUCUGUGUGUCACAUCUGCCCAGAGACCUCCGAGGACAUCGCUUCAUGGGCAACGCUAAAGCCCCUGGGGCACUGUGGGGACGAGGAGAACUUAUGCGCUUAUCAACUCGCCCUCCCACCUCUCUCCAUCCAGCUUCCCAGGCCUUUUAGGGAGCUGGAGAAAAUGGCCAAGGAGCUGCAGGACCUAAAGGAAGUGGUUAACCAGCUAAGGAGGGACUGCCAAGAUUGUAAGGAUAGACAGAGUAUACAGAGAAGUGGACAGAAAGAAUACGACGAGGAAAAGGAAAAAAGACCUCUAAUUCCAAGACAUAACAUCAGCAUCAAGGAGAUGCAAAGUCAUAGUGGAGAACAAGUGGUCCGAAACUUACCUUCAACCUUACUGCGAGAAGACACAUCGGAAAGUGAAGGAACAAUUAAGGAUGGCAUGAAGAGGCUCGAUCAUUCCAUUUUGGAAAGUCAGGAAUGGAACAUUGCCCCAAGGAUUAUUCCAAACCAAGGCACCACAGAUCAGAGGUCUGAGACAAGCACAGAAGUAAAAAUAUUUAACCCCUCACUUUACGAGACACCUGAGGACAUUUCUAAGGUCAAACCUGUGCUCUCGCCUACACCUGAGGAUUCAGAGAGGGAUCUGAAGUCUAAGCAAAGUGAAUUAGUAAAACCAUCCUUCCUAUAA